AUGUAUCGAUCACUUGUUGCUUACGUCCUCGCAGGUGCCGCUCUGGCGUGUCCUGCAGCCUCUGCUGCUACACCCGUGCAACCAUGGGGCCAAUGCGGCGGGAUCAACUGGACCGGUGGCACUACCUGCACAGCAGGCUGGACCUGCCAGGCCCAGAACCCAUACUACUCCCAAUGUCUGCAAGCACCACAGCAGCCAGCGACAUCCGCUCCGCCAGUCGUCCAGCCCGUGUCCAGCGCUACUGCUAGCAAGCCAGCUUCCAGUCCCGCGGCGCCUCCAGCCAGCACAGCGACAAGUGCCAAGCCAAGCCAGCCCACCAGCCCGUCGUCCGGUGGCGGCUUGACCUACAAAGCCUCGUUCACGCACUAUGGUGCCGGAGACAGCUUCGGCUCGCCCAACUGCAACACCAACACGGCGGCCUGCUUCUUCUACACGCAACCGGGCUUCAGCGCUGCCGUCAGUCAGAACCUGUAUGGUGCCGGUCCUGGCCAAGGUCAAGGUCCUGCUUGCGGCACCUGCUGGAAGCUCGUCGGUCAGACGGAUUCAUCGGGCAACAAGCUGAGCAACGCUGGCACCUCCAUCGUCGUCAUGAUCAACAACCUUUGCCCGGCCAAUGGCAACCCGCUGUGCUCGCAAAAUGGUCUUUCUGGCACCAACCAAUACGGCGCUAACGUCAACUUCGACCUUUGCAGUGACAGCGGUGCGUCGGCUGCGUUCUUUGGUAACAGCGGUGUCGGUCUCGCUGUGGGAACUGCUACGCAGGUAGACUGCUCUCAGUGGAAUGGAGUCGUCGUCCACUAG